UAUUAUUGUAGCAUUUGUACUUUGUAGCUUAGUCGGCGUCAAAUAAAAGUUACUGGUUUCGAGUUUGUAGUUUGAGUCGUUUAAGUAUAUUCAUAUCUAAAUUAGUAGAAGCCUAGAACUCUUGUAUCUUUUUUUGUGAAUUUCAAAUAAACAUUUAUUGGCACUUAAAUUUAUUAGAAAAAGUUUAACGAAUUAAAAAUGGCUGCAGUUGAGUCACUUGUAAAAGUUGAAGAAAAACCUGUUAACAGAGAAAAGACUUGCCCAUUAUUAUUAAGGGUAUUCUGUGCAAUGGGACAUCAUAAUAAUUUAUCGGAAUAUUAUCGGGGCAAUGUGCCUGGGAAUGAACUUCAAAUAUAUACAUGGAUGGACGCUACGCUACGUGAAUUAACUGGUCUGAUUAAAGAAGUGAAUAUUGAAUCUCGAGUCCGUGGAACAACAUUUGAUUUUGUUCUAAUAUCACCAGAAUAUAAUUGCCCAAGAUUUAAUGCAUUUGAAAUCGGUCUGACUGUUGCUGGAAAUAGAUCUCCAGAUGAUUCGAAAACAUUAGGGAACACAAGAUUUACUAUUGGUGAUUACUUAGAUGUUUGCAUUACUCCUCCAGAACGUUUUAUGAGAAGACCAGCACCAAUGCGUUACCGUAAAUAAGUAUAUUUUUAAAAAAAAAAAACCUUUCAGUCAUUGAACAAUAAUUUGGUGUACUCUAUCAACAAUAAGAAAUCAUCUCAGCUCAGAUAAAAAGCAAAGUUUAAUUGAAGUCAAUCAUAUUUAGAAACCACGGAUUGAAUUGGUCAGCAUAACACAAUUGUCAUAUGAAACAAUCUGCUUAUUAUUUAGCAUAAUGUAAAAAUUGUAAAAUGCACUUUAAUAAAUACCAAUAUUAUGUAUUAGUGUA